UAUACGUGAGGCUCUCAUAUAUGGGAAAAGGAUCAUGGCUCCCGCCGGCACUGAUCUCUUGCCUCGUCAGACGCCGACGACGAUGAAAAGUGGCGGAGGUGCAAUCAUGGAGGAUUCUAAUGGCGACACUUUGGGCAAUUUAAACCAUUGUUGUAAUAAUAGUACUGCCACUGGGAAGCCUCCUAGAGAUGUUUCCUCCGUGCGUCAUUGCAAUAGCUCUACCUUACUCGCCGAUUCGGAAGCAGAUAUUGUGAGGGUAGACUCGAUGAAAACACCGACGACGACGGCGGCGGAGGACAAAUCGGAGUUCUCACCUGUGUUUCGAUCGGGAAGCUGUUCUGAGAAAGGACCCAAGCAGUACAUGGAGGAUGAGUUCAUCGCUGUCGAUAUUCUCCAUGAAAACCUUCCUUCUCCUGGCGCUUUUUACGGGAUAUUUGACGGGCACGGAGGUACGGAUGCAGCAUUGUUUACGAGAAAGAACAUCCUCAAGUUUAUCACCACAGACUCGCACUUCCCUUGCAGCAUCCAAAAGGCGAUCAAGAGUGCCUUUGUGAAGGUUGAUCACGCCCUAGCCGAUGCCAUUUCUCUCGAUAGAUCUUCAGGCACCACUGCUUUAAUAGCUUUCAUGAUGGGAAGAAGUAUGCUAAUAGCCAAUAUAGGCGAUUCUAGAGCUGUGUUGGGAAAACGAGGGAGAGCGGUUGAACUGUCCAAGGAUCACAAGCCAAACUGCACGUCGGAGAGACUAAGAAUAGAGAAACUGGGCGGCGUAAUCUACGACGGAUACCUCAACGGCCAACUGUCGGUGGCGAGAGCACUAGGAGACUGGCACAUCAAAGGCUCGAAAGGAUCAAAGAGCCCACUAAUCUCAGAGCCAGAGCUUGAAGAGGUGGUUUUAACACAAGAGGACGAGUACUUAAUAAUGGGUUGUGAUGGAUUAUGGGACGUGAUGAGCAGCCAGUGUGCUGUUACGACGGUGAGGAAGGAACUGAUGCAGCACAAUGAUCCGGCGAGGUGUGCGAAAGCACUGGUAACUGAAGCCUUACAACGUAAUACAUGCGACAAUCUAACUGUUGUUGUUGUCUGUUUCUCACAACAUCCUCCUCCUAAGCUUCAGGUUCCUGUGCUGCACAAGAGGAGGAGCAUCUCAGCUGAGGGCUUGGAUCUUCUAAAGGGCGUACUCUCUUGAUCCAAUUCUCUUUUGUGUUGUCAUUAUUAGAUGCUUCUUCACUCAGAUCAUUUUCUUGUACAUAGUUGUUUUUAUUUACAAAUGGUGGGGACUUUUCUGAUUAGUUUUAAUUUGUUGUCCCCCUAAAGGUAGACUUAUAUCAAAUAACGUCGUCCAAACACAUAUACUAUACUUUUACAUGUAACAUAUUUUAAC